UCCGUCAUGUCAUCACAUGUCUGGCUUGUCACCGGUUGCCCAUCUGGCUUUGGAGACGCCUUUGCUCGAGAGCUACUUAGCAGAGGACACAAGGUGAUUGCAACAGCUCGAAGCCUCCAAAGCAUCACAGCCUUGUCAAAUACUGGUGCACACACCCUGGCACUGGAUGUUACUGCACCUGUGGAGGAAGUGAACAAGGUUGUGCAAGACGCGUUGAGUAUCUAUGGCCGAAUUGAUGUCCUUCUUAGCAAUGCUGGUUUCGUCCACACAGGAGGGUUAGAAGAAACGACGAUCGAAGAAGACUUGAAAGUGUUUCAAACGAAUGUCUUUGGAGCUUUGAACCUCGCUCGUGCAGUCCUUCCAUCAAUGAGGAUUCGGAGAUCAGGAACCAUCGUAUUUAUAUCCUCGAUGGCUGGUUGGGUUGGCUCUGCAACAAUGGGAACUUAUGCUGCUUCUAAAGCGGCCAUUUCCAUCUAUGCUGAGGCACUUCGUGAUGAAGUUGCAGAAUUUGGAAUCCAAGUUGCCGCUAUAGAACCUGGAGGAUUCCGAUCUAGCCUCCUUAGCUCUAAGAAUAUGAAAACGCCUUCUCAUCAUAUUCAAGAUUAUGACAAAUCAAAAGUUCGUGCUACAGAAACUUAUAUUGGCCAGCUUGAUCAGACUCAACCUGGAGAUGUGCAAAAAGGGAUAAAGAUUAUGGUAGAUAUUAUCACUGGAACUGGUGUUGCUGAAGGGAAAACCAUCCCAGGAAGACUUGUUGUUGGAAGUGAUGCGUAUGAAAUGGUUAGAUCGGUAUGCGAUAACCACAUUAAGACGUUUGACGACUGGAAAAAUAUUAUAAUUCAGACCGACCAUGAGUGA